CUUGUGGCCAGAACAGCAAGUGCCAAGUCUUGUCCCAUAAAGCCAUCCUCGAGCUCUUGACCUCGCAGAUAAUCACCCUCUUUCUCACUUAGUCACUCGCACUUUCAGUGCAAGAACACCGAAAGAAGAAGAGCGGAAAGGAAGAGAGAAGAUGGGAGUGGAAGGAACGAUAGAAUACUUCUCCAACUUGCUGAGGGACGUGGGCCGCAAGAAGAGGAAGAAGCAACUGCAAACCGUGGCCCUCAAAGUCAGGAUGGACUGCGAGGGCUGCGCUCGCAAGAUGAAGAGCGUCCUCUCCGGCCUCAAAGGUGCUAAAUCGGUGGAGGUGGACCUGAAGCAGCAGAAGGUGACGGUGAUUGGGUACGUCGACCAGAAGAGGGUGUUGAAGGCGGCCAAGGCCACCAAGAAGAAGGUGGAGCCGUGGCCGUACGUCCCCUACACCCUGGUGGCUAACCCCUACGUCUCUCAGGCCUACGACAAGAAGGCCCCCGCCAACCACGUCCGCGACGUCCCCGUCACCGCCACCAUCACCGAGUCCACCGUCGACGACCACUACACCAUCAUGUUCAGCGACGACAACCCGAACGCCUGCUCCAUCAUGUAAUUACGCGCGUGCAUAUGUAUACUGUCCAAGACGUCGCUUAGCUUGUCGUAAUUAUCUUGAAAGUGUUUCCGGGUAUGAAGUGUGUUGUAAACCGACAGUAACGAAUCCAGAUAUGAUGAUUUUUGGCCACUUCAAUGGACGAAACUUUUCUUUAA